CCCCAGAGGGGUAAGACGGGUCAUUUCCUCUCUGGUUAUCUGUGCCCUCCCUUGGGGCUUGCAAACCACAGCCCUUGGGAGCUUUUGAUCAGAGGAGAAUCUGGGAGAGACCUGAAGAUGGACGCCACGGCUCUCAGCACCCCUGAUUACUCUGAUUAUGACAAAUGGACCUCGAACCCCGACAUCAUGGUGGAUGCCUCUUCCCACACCCACAGGCUUAAUGCCCCAGAUGUGAUCGCCCUGGUGAUCUUCGCGGCCGUCUUCCUGAUCGGGGUGCCCGGCAAUGCCAUGGUGAUCUGGGUGACAGGGUCUGAGACCAAGCGGACCGUCAAUGCCAUCUGGUUUCUCAACCUAGCGGUGGCCGACUUCCUCUCCUGCCUGGCGCUGCCCAUCUUGUUUACAUCCAUCAUCCAGCACAACCAAUGGCCCUUCGGUGAAGCCGCCUGUCGAAUCCUGCCCUCUCUCAUCCUUCUCAACAUGUACGCCAGCAUCUUACUCCUGGCCACCAUCAGCGCCGACCGCUUCCUGCUGGUGUUCAAUCCCGUCUGGUGCCAGAACUACCGAGGGGCCCACCUGGCCUGGGUGGCCUGCGCCGUGGCCUGGAGCUUGGCUCUGCUGCUGACCAUACCUUCCUUUGUGUUCCGUCAGGUCCACGUAGAGCACUUCCCGCCCAAGACGAUGUGUGUUGUUGCAUACGGUAGGGACAAUGUGUACGCGGAGAAGGCCGUGGCCAUCGUCCGGCUGACCGUGGGCUUCCUGGGGCCGCUGGUCACGCUUGCCAUCUGUUACACCUUCCUCCUGAUUCGGGCGUGGAGCCGCACUGCCACGCGCUCCACCAAGACGCUCAAGGUGGUGGUGGCCGUGGUGACCAGCUUCUUCGUCUUCUGGCUGCCCUACCAGGUGACGGGGAUGAUGCUGGCCUUUUUCCAGGCACACUGGGACAGCUUCAAGUUCGUGUCCAGUCUAGAUGCCCUGUGCAUCUCUCUAGCUUAUAUCAACUGCUGCAUUAACCCCAUCAUUUAUGUGUUCGCCGCCCAGGGCUUUCACGCCCGGUUCCUGAAGACCCUCCCCGCCAGGGUCCGGGGUGUGUUGACUGACGAGUCCGUGCGCAGGGAGAGCAAGUCCCAGACGCUCUCCACGGUGGAUACCCCGGCCCUGAAGAGCCAGGCGGUGUAAGAGGGGGGCCUCUCUGACCUCCAGCUUUCCCAGGCUCCGCCAAACUUCCGGUCCAUUCACUUCGCUUUUUGGAACUCAGCCCGGGGCAAGGUGGGUGGUGCUGGUUGAAUGAAUUUGCCACCUUUUCCUUCCGUCUUUCCUGGACUCUUUCCUGCUUCUUCUAGGCGAACCCAUCUUAUCGUUUUUCAUUUUCCAAGGUUGAUAAGUUCUAGGAACCACCCACCCCCCCAACCUUUCUAUCCAAGGACUUGGGAAAAUGAACAGCAACCAGCAUAACUGGAACUCUCCCAUAGAAUAAGAAGUUCCUGUGCAGAACAUGUGAAGAUAUCAGAUACACAGAACAAACAGAAACACUCAAACUUGGGGAAAAAAAAAAGAAUUCUGUAUUUAUUUCAUGGAGAAUUGACAAAAAAAAUCUAUAUGUAUACAACUGGAAUCUCAAAAGUUAUUCUUGUUUAGGACAAAGCAAAAAUCCAUGGACUGGGCUUCACUGGUGGCUCAGUGGUAAAGAAUCCGUCUGCCAAUGCAGGGGACAGGAGUUCGAUUCCUGGUUGAGGGGGAAGAUCCCACGAGCCUUGGGACAUCUAAGCCCACGCGCCACAAUUAUUGAGCCGGAGAGCCCAGAGCCGGUGCUCCACAACAAGAGAAGCCUGCGCUCCACAACUGGCGAGUAGCCCCUGCUCACCGCACCUGGAGAAAGUCCACUCAGCAAGGAAGACCCAGCACAGCCAUAAAUAACAAAAUAAAGAAAUAAAAACUUUAAAAAAGUUCAUGGACCAAUCUCAGCUUUGGAGAGUGAGUUGGUUUAAAGAGAAACAGUAAGGGCCUUCCCUGAUGGUCUUGUGGUUAAGACUCCAUGUUUCCACUGCAGGGGAUGUGGGUUCCAUCUGGGGUCAGGGAACUAACAUCCCACAGGCUGUGUGAUGUGGCAAAAAAAAAAAAAAAAAAGAAAAGCAGUAAGUUAGUACAUUACUUCACUAGGUUAAAAAAAAGAAAGAGUAUUAAGUAAAAAGAUGUGAUGAGGUUAUGGAGAAAAGCAACCAGUGUGGAAGGUACCUAGGGUCAGGAAACACUGAUUGGGUCCCUCCAGGGGGUGGAGUCCCAGGGGAAUUUUCUCUUUUGGGUUGUCAAUUGGUGUUUUGUUUAUCCUGAAAAAGAAAAUUAGCUGUUUUAUUUUGACCUCGUUUAGCGUCUCAUGAGGUUAGGUUGUAAGUAAUAAUACGAAAGUGAUCCUGUGUGUCUUUGACCUGUCUCCUGUAACAGGAACGUCUUUCAAAAUGGCAUUACAAUAUCACACCGAGAUGUUGACAUGGAUAUGGCCAAGGUGCCAGACUUUUUGUAGCUGCCUAAUCCCUCAUGACAUCCUUUUCUAGCCACCUCCACUGCCCUCUCCCCUCCCCAGCCAUUAUAGGUUAUUACAAUGAGUGUCAUUGCCUAUGCUAUACAGUAAGUCCUUGUUGUUUACCAUAUAUAAUGGUGUGCAUAUGUUAAGAGCUUUCCACAUGGCACAGUGGUAAAGAAUCUACCUGCCAGACACAGAUGUGGGUUUGAUCCCUGGGUUGGGAAGAGCCCUUGGGGUUGGGCAACCUGCUUCAGUAUUCUUGCCUGGAAAACUCUAUGGACCGAAGAGCCUGGUGAGCUAUCGUCCACGGGGUGGCAAAGAGUUGGACACGACUAUGUAUGCACUCAUGUGUAUAUGUUAAUCCCAAACUCCUAAUUUAUCUCUCUCCUCUGUGUCCUGCUAUCCUUUUUGGUAACCAUAAAUUUUUUUUUACGCCUGUGAGUCUAUUUUUGCUUUGUAAAUAAGUUCAUUUGUGUGAUUUUUGUUGGUUCCACUUGUAAGUGCUGUCAUAUGAUACUUGUAUUUCUCUCUCUGAUUUACUUCUCAUCUCUAGGUCCAUCCAUGUUGCUGCAAAUGGCUUUAUUUCAUUCUUUUUUAUGACUGAGUAAUACCCCAAUGUAUAUAUUUAUAUACCACAUAUUCUUUAUCCAUUCACCUGUCAAUGGACCUUUAGGUAACUUCCAUGUUGAACACUUCUGUCAUGAACAUUAGGGUGUGUGUGCCUUUUCAAAUUAGAGUUUUCUCUAGACAUAUGCCUAGAAGCAGGAUUUCUGGGUCAUAUGGCAAUUCUAAUUUCAGGUUUCUUUUUUUUUUAAGGAACCUCCAUACUGUUCUUCAUAGUGGCUGUACCAAUAUACUUUUUUUGGGGAGGGGCAUUAAGUCUUCAAAAUCCUGGGUGUGAGUUACACUCACAGUACAUCUCCAUUCAGACUGGCAUAUUUCAAGUGCCCAGGGAGCCACACAGAGGUGGUGGCCCCUGAAUACGACAAUCACAUAGAUAUAAGCUCCUUCUUCCUCUUUGCAAGAGCUGGCUGAGUCUAGGGAACAGCCUCAGCAUGGGGAACUGGGCAUGGAUCUUGUCUGAUUCUGAUGGGAACUGUAGCUGAAUCUUGCUAUUACCAUGUUGUCAUCUGUCCUGGGGACGAUUUUAUUCAAAGAUGCUGUCUGAGCACCCAGAGUGACAGGUGCUUGGCAGGACUUCCAGAAAAGGUGUGGAUGGGUUUUGAUAGUAAAUGUUGGUACCCAUACAGACCCUCUGGCAGCAAGGUCAUUGGGGGAAGAACUGAGCCCCAGCUACCUUCUGCUCUGGUACCCCCAUAAAGAUGCUUGUGACCUUAGAGGUCCUUUCUACCUGGACAGCCCACUUGCCUCCUUCUGCCUUCCUCCCAGCCACUUGGGCUCCUCCCUGGCUUGUUCCAGGAGGGCUGGUUAACCUCUCACUUUCAGCAUGAUCUUUCUCCGCCUCUUCUACAGACUUUCUUCUUCUGCCCUUAAAUAUUGGCUUUCUAGAGUUCUCUUGAACAUACGUCUUACUUUUGUGAUGUCAUCCAGUACCUUCCCAGCUCUCUCGCUCUUUUCAGGGUCUGGCUUCUACACCUACUUCACUCAAAAUGAUCUCAGCGUCUUCUCCCAAACUUCCCCCUCCCUUUUCAUCCCCAACUCAAGGGUGUGCCCACAUGGUCCAUAUAGUCACCAAGCCUCACUUGGACCCACUCUAGAAGCCAUCCUCUUCCCAUUCCACAUCUUGCCUGGUUCAAGCCCUGCAUCCUCUCCCACUUGGGUCCUUACCUUUUCUCCUGCCUGGUCUCCUGGCUGCCUGGUCUGUUUUUAAAAGACCACCCUUGUUGCUGUUCUACCUUCCUUCAGAGUGCAGCCUCUUCCAGGAAGCCCUCCUUAACUUCUUCCUCCCAUCUCCCCAUCCCUGUGCUCCAUCCCUGUUCCUGGCCACCCUCUGGCUUUCCUAGGUUGGAGGAAUAGGCUGUAGGCACUGGGGUCUUUUUUUUCACCCUGAUUUGGAGAGGAGUUGCUUCCCAGAAGCUGGGCUUCACAGUGGUCUUCUAGAAACACUUGGAUACCAACAUGUGGGAUCCAUGUGGCUUUUCCAAGCCCUGGAGUUGAUCAGCACUGCCCAGGAGGGAAGUGGGUUGACGGGCUAGGCGAUUGUGAAAUCGGAAGCCCAAGGAAUCUGCUGGGUCAACAAGUACCAAAGAGGAAGUGGUGGGGAAAGAGAGUGGGUGAUGGGUUUGGCUGAGUUGGCUGUGUUCCUACCUCCGCCCCCCAACCCUGUCAUGCCCCCACCUGUUGCUCAGCUCUGACUCCCCAAGCCCUGGAGGGCAGAGCUCCCUACCCCCCUGCAUCUGGGCCACGUGACCUUCUCAAGUACCCCCAUCUCCAACCUCCAGGAUGGUAUUACUUCAGAUUCGUGUUGUCUGAUAGGAAUAUGACAUGAACCAUGCACAUAAUUUUAGAUUUUUUCAGCAUCCAAGCAAGAGACAAGCAAAGAGAAACAAAAAGAAUCAGGUAAGAUAAUUGAAUGCUAUGUUUUGUUGAACCGGAUAUAUUUCAAGUACUAUCAUUUCAAAAUAUGAUCAGUACAAAAAGUUAUUGAGAGAGUUCACAUUCUUGUUUUUUCUUCACACCAAGUCUUUGAAAUCUGGUAUGUAGUUUUCCCUCACAGCAUCUCUCAUUUCAGAUCCACUUCAUUUUAAAUGCUCAGCAAUCUCAAGCAGCCAGUGGCUACCAUAUUGGACGGCUCAGGGCUAUAAUUCCUUGAUUAAUGUUCAGAUCAUCUACAAAAUUCUAACAUCUAACUGCUGGAGUUUGUACUUCUAACAUGUGAAGAUUCUGGUGUGACAUUCUAGAAUCCUGUGAUUAAAAUAGCGUGUGGCUAACAUUGUAGGAUCCCUUGGGUCAAAUAGCCUGUGAUUCCAACGUUCUGAGAGUCUGUGAUUUCAGCAGUUUAGGCUUCAGAGUCUUUCACCUAGCUCAGGCAGCAGCAAACUCCAGCCUGUGGACCAAAUCCCGCCUGUUGCUUGCUUUUGUGAAUAAAGUUUUAUUGGAAAACA